ACCCUCACCUGCAGAGACAGAUGGUACUGUGGAACAUGUAACUAAGAUACCCAAUGAAGCACCACAUGGAGUCACUGUGGGAUCAAAUCCUCUCCCCCUGGCGUCUACAACAUCAACUAGCCUCAGAGGACCUCCGACAGGAAGGAUAAAUCAGACAGAGACUUCUGCCACAACUCUGAAGUCCAUCCGCGUCUCCACUCUCUCUUCAGCUGUUGCAGCUUCAGUGCCCACAACAGCUGGAACAGAGAUCAGGCCAGUGUUUCCUGAGACAACCUCACCCACCAUCAGCAGAAGACCAGAGAGCUCACCCUCACAGGCCCCAAGUCCUGGGGCAGAGACACCUGCAUCCAUUCCAGCUCGAACUCUUUCCCCUGAUGAGUCAGAGAUGACAGCUUUCCGGGAUCCCCAAGCGGCUACAGAGACCAGCCCCCCUGCCUCCAUGACAACCCUGAAUGUGUCCCUUCGUGAAUCAGAUGGCAUGCCCACAACCAAUCCCGUUUCCAGGGAAGACGUCAGUUCGCCAGUUUUGACGGUGACCGUGUCCCCUAGCACGCCAGGGAUGGUAACUCCAUCUCUUACCAGUCCCAGGGAAGUGACCAGCAUGGUGGUUCUAACCAAAACUGAUUUCCCAAGUGAAAUAGACACUAUGGCUUCCAGAGUUGGCCAUCUUGGAACACAGAGUGGUUCAUCCACACCAUUCCCAACUGCCUCCCACAGUGUUCCAGAACCCUCGACCUCCUCAGAUACCAGUUCUCAAGCAGAGAGCAGCCCAACCCACCAAGCUCUGAGGACUUCUCUUCCUGAGCUAUCAGGGAUGGAGAUCUCCCAGGCCACCAGCUCUGACACAAAGGUCAGUUCAGUGUUACCUGCUCGGACAGACUCCCCACAUGACCCUGAGGUAACAGCUUUGCCAGAGGAAGCCACUUCCGCCCUCUCCUCUGGGACCCACUCCCUGGAUGAACCGGAAACAACAGCUUCAUGGUUCCGCCCUGCACAGGUCAGCACCCCCAUCUCAACUUCAGAUUUUCCCCACAGUGAAUCAGACAUCCCUGUCACCAAGGCCACCGGUCCAGGCACAGAAGCCAUUUCAGCCAUCCCAACAAAGGCCCUCUCACCCAGAACACUAGGGAUGGCGGAUACAACUGUGUCCUUGGUCACUCAUGCUGCAGAAACCACCCCAACUGUGUCCAGAACCACUCCCAAUGUUGCCCAAAGUGAAUCAGACAGCAUGCCUUCUGUGACCACCAGCCUAGGGACAGAAGCCAGCUCAGCUGUGCCAACUGUGCCCAUGUCCCCUGGUGGACCAGGAAUGUCAACCUUACAGGCCACCAGUCUGGGGACAGGUGCCAGCUCAGCUGUGCCAACUAUGUCCAUAUCCCCUGGUGUACCAGGAAUGUCAGUUUCAAAGACCACCAGCCAGGGAACAAAAGCCAUCUCAGCUGUGCCAACUGUGCCCAUGUCCCCUGGUGGACUAGGAAUGAAUGUCAGUUUCAAAGACCACCAGCCAGGGGACAAAAGCCAGCUCAGCUGUGCCAACUAUGCCCAUGUCCCCUGGUGGACUAGGAAUGUCAGUUUCAAAGACCACCAGUCUGGGGACAGAAGCCAGCUCAGCUGUGCCAACUGUGCCCAUGUCCCCUGGUGGACCAGGAAUAUCAGAAAUGUCAACCUCACAGGCCACCAGUCUGGGGACAGAAGCCAGCUCAGCUGUGCCAACUGUGCCCAUGUCCCCUGGUGGACCAGGAAUAUCAACCUCACAGGCCACCAGUCUGGGAACAGAAGCCAGCUCAGCUGUGCCAACUAUGCCCAUAUCCCCUGGUGGACCAAAAUUAUCAACUUCACAGGCUACCAUCCUGGGGACAAAAGCCAGCUCAACUGUGCCAGCUACACCCAUGUCCUUUAG